AUGGGCUUUACUUCUUGCACCCAACCCCACCCCUCGUUCCCCACCCCUCUUUGCCCACCCCUCUUUGCCCACCCCUCUUUGCCCAGCCCCUCUUGUCCUCCCCACUUCUUCUCCCUGCCUGUUUCUCAGUUUCCACCCGAACCUGCCAGCAAUACCACCCUCUUUGACUCGGUCUUUCCGAACCUCUUCAACAGCUUCGGCAACACGACCUGGGCCGUGCCGCCCACCAACUACCUCUUCUUUGGGGGUAUGGACCCCACCUCCAGUAUGGAGCUGCUGUGCCUCGCUGCACUCCCCAACAUUCCCUCCUCUCGUCGGCCCGCCAUCAUUGGAGGCUCUACGGGCCAGGAGCUUUUCCAAACACCACUUCCGCAAGGUGCUGCUUUCACCUCUCCUGCCUUAGCGCUUCCUGUUGUCCCCCUCACCUGUCUUUCCUCUUUGCGUCACAACCCAUGA